UUUUUUUUUUCGUUUUUUACAAAACAAUCCUUCGUCAUGGCUGAUCACGGUGAGACCUUCGAGUCCGCGGACGCUGGUGCUUCCACCACCUUCCCCAUGCAGUGCUCUGCUCUGAGGAAGAACGGUCACGUUGUCAUCAAGGGACGUCCCUGCAAGAUCGUCGACAUGUCCACCUCCAAGACUGGCAAGCACGGUCACGCCAAGGUCCACUUGGUCGCUCUGGACAUCUUCACCGCCAAGAAGUACGAAGAUCUGUCUCCCUCCACCCACAACAUGGACGUCCCCAACGUCUACCGUAAGGAGUACCAGCUGCUGGAUAUCACCGAUGACGACUUCCUGUCCCUCAUGGAUGAGGCCGGCAACACCAAGGACGACGUCAAGCUCCCCGAGGAUGACGUUGGAGACAGAAUCUCCAAGAUGUUCCGUGAUGACGAGAAGGACUGCAACGUCAUCGUCCUCACUGCUAUGGGUGAGGAGCGUGCCAUGGAUGUCAAGGAAGCCCCCAAGGGCAACUAAACGGCUAGAACCAUGAGCCAUUUCCUUAUCCGUUAGCCCUUUCGUGUUUUCAUGGCCGACCUGCUAUUUCCCUCCCCGUUAGCUUUGAGUGGAUAGUGCGCGACAUUUUGGGUGAAUCACCUGGUCGUAUCUUGUCCGUCCGUAUUGCCUUGGAUGUACGCUGAGCCUGCGGAAAGAGUUGAGGAGUUAGCGGCACGAAGCGUGUUUACUUUGUUGCCCGAGAAGUGGAUCUAAGUUCUUCACUCUCACGAUAACUUGACGAAUGAACCCAAAAAGAAACAACAAACACACAGAGAGUACCUAAUCUAGUAAACCUCAC